CGGCAAAAUAAAAGAGACCGUCUGCAGGUAGAGAGCGUUAGAGCGUUUAGACCAGGAUGGACGUAUAAGAAAGAAUUGAAAGGAUAAAAAUACAAGGCUUUAAGCCUGCCGUUAGAAGCAAUGGUUGAUCGUCGAGUAAAAUUGUAGCACAUAAUUUAAAAUUCAAAAGGAUAUCUUCAGACCGUAGAGUCUUGUGAUUUGUUGGAUUUGACGGAUAUUUGAUUUCCGAAGGAAUAAUCUGCUUGUAUUUGAUCUGUUAUCUGCAAGCCGCCGACCGAUCUGCAAAUCAUCAGCCUCAACAUGAGAACGAUAGAAGAAAAUUCCUCAUUGCGCUCUUCAGCUGUUCGGCCAAACAGUUUGGAGUUGGAUAAUGCCCUCACUUUGGAUAUGGAUUGUAUUUUUCCAGACCUUGACAACAACAAUAGUAACAACAUCAGACCUAACACAAAUUCUCGCAAUAGUCGAAAGAAGAAACGAAGGGCUACUAUUAAAAAAUUUAAUGAUCUCUAUGAGGAAACUGGAGAGUUUUUAGGUAAUGGCUCUUAUGCAUCCGUGAAAACUUAUGUGAAUAAAGAAACAGGCAAAGAAUAUGCUGUUAAGAUGAUCAACAAAUGUACCAGUCUUCAGCGCAGUAAAGUGUUCAAAGAAAUAGAAAUUUUUCAUCAGUGUCAGGGCAGUGAAAAUAUCUUGAAUCUUGUGGAGUAUUUUGAGGAGGAUGAUGUUUUCUACCUGGUCUUUGAUAAGAUGGAAGGCGGCACACUUCUCAGCAACAUUGAGAGCCGUGGGCACUUAAGUGAAUAUGAAGCCUUUUUGGUUGUUCGGGAAAUAGCUCGUGCUCUUGAUUUUCUACACAGCAAGGGCAUCGCUCAUCGAGACCUGAAGCCAGAAAAUAUAUUGUGCCAACGAUUGGGAGAAGUUGUUCCACUCAAGAUUUGCGACUUCGAUCUCGCCAGUGGGGUGCCUGUCAGUGUCAACAAUUCGGAUGGAAGUAAAACUCCUGAGCUUCUCACACCAGUCGGCUCAGCUGAGUAUAUGGCACCUGAAGUUGUGGAUGCUUGGGUGGGAGAGUCUUUCUCCUAUGAUAAAAAGUGUGACCUUUGGAGUCUUGGAAUAAUUCUGUAUAUAAUGCUAUGUGGCUACCCUCCUUUCUACGGCCAAUGUGGGGAGGAAUGUGGAUGGGAGCGAGGUGAGGCUUGUCAGGACUGUCAGGAGCUACUGUUCAAUUCUAUUCAAGAUGGUGUUUACGAGUUUCCAGAGCCUGAGUGGAGUUGUGUAUCUGAGAGUGCCAAGGACUUGAUCAAGCACUUGUUGGUACGCGACCCCCGUAAACGCUACUCAGCUGCAGAUGUUCUGAAACACCCUUGGGUGGCUAGCCCUCCAGCUGCUACCCCUCUAGCAACCCCUCAUAUUCUUACAAGGAACAACAGCACUAAAGAUUUGGAGUCAUUUGCCGAGACAGCUAUUUCUAUCAAUCGUAUGAUGCAGCAGCACCUGAUCAUUUCAGGACCACAGUUUUUUGUUAGCGCCAGCAAGACUGAGAAAGUGAGUGAGGAAAGUAGUGGAGAUGAUGAACCCCAUAGUGAUAAUGAUUUGGAUUCCAGACCAUCUUUUGGCAUGAAGCUUUCUCCACCAGGCCUGUCCAGUCUUGCUCAGAGGAGGGCUGUUACAUCCCAUGCCUCUGCCAACUACAACAACCACAAGAAUGAUGGUCAGCGUUGCUAUGUAACUCGCUGUGGCUCAUCCAUGGGAAGUGUUGAAAGUUUCUGUAUUAGCUCAGGGAGCUGGCAGUAAAGAGGGCGGCAGAACAUCGAAUCGGUCUUAAAACUCUUUCAUUGUCCCUUUCCCCAUUAAGGCCCCCCCCCCCUUUUUUUUUUUUUUUGUCUUGCAUCCAGACUGUUUUUACUCAUGACAUUUUACAUAGAAGAGAAAUAUUUUUUUAAGAGACGUCAUAAUAAACUGUUUAUAGGACAUGACUGAUGUGUUGAAUCACAUAAGACGACUGAACAUCAACUUGUUUGUACUGACUGUGUAGACAUUUGUGAGUAGCAUUUUGUUUUUGGCUCUGUUUUCUAUCAAGUUGUCAAAUUUUGUUAACUCACUUCCACUCAUCCUCAUUACAAUGACAUAAUUAUAAAUGUUAACAAUAUUUUAGCUCUGAAAGUUUAUUUAUUUUUUAUUUAUUAUUUUAUUGGAAAUCAAAAAGUGCUGUAGAGUUGAAGUGGUAUUAAAAAUUAGCUAUGAUGUACAUGUGAACAGUUUUGAUCCACUUAUUUUCAGUUGAUUUGAUAAGUUUCUUUCUCAUUUCAUUUUUUUUUUUUUUACUGAUGUUUGAAAUCUUUUUAAAGUUGAACUUACUUUAAUAACCUUGAAGACUGACAUUGGUUAGUUAUUUGUGCCAUUUGUUUGUGUAGUUUGAUUUGCCAAGCUCACCUAAUACCCAGUUUCUACUUUUAUAUUUUUACAAACUUGUCAUCCAUGUUAGAUCAUUGCAUAAUUGUCUCCAUUAGGCAUUAUCAAUUCCUGUCUAGCAUUUAACUUUGUAAAUAUUCUAGUUUUUUUUUUUUUAAGCCUGAAGAGUGAAAUAAUCUUGACAGUGCUUUAUUAUUUUUUUUUUCUACAACUCCUGUUCAAUGGAGAUUUCAUUCAUUCAUUUUUUUGUAAGAUGUUUAUUGAAAGCAUUCUUGUUUUAUGGAGAUAAAAACUCCAUUCCAUGAUUGUUUUUCAAUCAUCUUGUUUCCAGACCCACUUCCCUGCACCCCCUAUGACUUCCGCCCAUCAUUAACAUAUUUAACGCCAUACUGUCGUCAUCACAAGGACGGAUGCUAAAAUGGUUUGAAUCUUAUCAUUCCAAUUUUUUUUCCUUUCAAAGCAUUGACAUAUCCAUUCUUGUUAAUUGAGGAACAACAUUCUUGUCAAUGUGUUGUUUUCAUCUCCUUGUGUAUUACGCCAGACCACUGAAUGCCUGUUAAAGAGUAUUUUUGUCACACUAAUAGUGAACGCUGAGUCUUUCAAAUUGUGUCAACGAGUAGCCUGAUGAUUUCUGUGACUUGGAAUGUUGAGCUCUAGCAAUAGACACAAGAUCACCAAAUGUACAUGUUCUUGCAAUGGUGACAGGCAUAACGGAUGUCAUUAUUGAAUUGUUUUUUUUUUUGUUUUAAACUUUGUUAUUGAAGGGCCUCAUGACUUUAAGAAAUGAUCUUCCGUUGUGCUGUACAAGAUGGAUGCUUGCCAGAGGAGUGAUUCUAUUGGUGUAAUUGUCUUUCAGUUUUUUAUUUUUGUCAUUGGUUUGUCCUGCAUGAAUGGGUUGUACUAUUUGUUGUAUUGUGAUAGAUCAGCUUUCAGUUAGUGUAGGCGUACAAUGAAAUAACCCAGAAAGUCUUUUUGAUAAUGUCGUUAAAAAACUUUCUGGCGAGAAAAAGAUGUCUGUGAUAUUGUCAGUGACUGCAUCCAAAAUGUCUACUGAUGAUUUAUUUCUUACUUGGUAUUACAAAUCUAGGCAACAUAAUCUUGUGGGAGUCCAUGUUUUACUGUCCUGUGUUCUCCACUUGAAGAGGAUGUGCCUUGGAGAAUACUGAAUGAAUCUCUUAUAUGUCCACAUUAUGUCAGGAUUAUGCACAAAGAAUGUUAGUAGUGUGAGAUGUGCAGCCUUGUGUUAAAAUCAAUUGAAUGCAAUACAUUGUUAUUUUAUAGUGUCCAUGGAGUGGAGACUCUGUGUGUGUCUGAUGACAUGUCUGUGCAAUUUUGUUUUUCUUGGCCAAAAAUACUGUAAAUAUGUUUUUUUUUUUUUUUAAAAACUUUGUCCCUAGGACUUAAGUGAUCUGAAGACUGGUGUGUUUGUAGUGGUUUGAUUGUCUCAACCAUUUGAGUUAGGGCAUUGAGUUGGUGGGGAGGUCUGUGUUUAGUAUUGAUUUGAUCUAGUCUCCAUGUAAAACUUGUGCUGUUAAAGGUUGAUAUCAGGAACAUUUGAUGGUUGUGUUCAUCAGCAAUGGUUGACCUUUUUUUUUUUUUUUUUUUAAGUUGAUUUAAACAUAAAAAUAUGAAAAAAAAAAUAUAUUAUAUAUAUAAAAACCACCUUUUUUUUAUAAUCAAAGUUAAUUCAUUGUUGACUUUUUGUGUUUGUUACUAGACAAAAUGUUAACAAAUUGACCUACAUUGUAAAUGUAAGCCUUGAAGAUUGUUGACAAGAGCUGCUACGAUUUAAAAAAAAAAUGUAUUAAAAAAUGAGGCUCAUUGUUUUCUCAGGGUGUUCCAUCAGACUGGCCAUGGCAAAAAAACAACAAAAACUUCAAGGCAUUAUUGUAGCACUGUUUGAAUUGUUCUGAAAUAUAGGCCAGUCUUGUUUAUAUAUUGGUCAAAUACAAACUGAAAAAUUGAAAAAAAAAAUAAAUUUGAACUGAAAAUAAACAAAAAAGUAUUUUUCCAAUAA